AUGGCAGAUACUCCAGAGAAUCCGGAGCAGGAAGCCUCCUGUAUGACAGAGUGUGCUGGUCCUGGUGCGUUCUACUUCUCCAAAGGUGCCCGAUACAGCUAUCGCUACUCCAGCAGCAGCAGUACCUCUCUGUGGGGCAGUGGAACCCAGAAAAGCAGCCUUGGUCUUGAGGGUCUGGCGAUCCUGGAUGCUGUCAGUGGGUGCCAUGCAGUGCUGCGGCUCCAAGACAUCCAGGUUAAAUCUUCUCUGGAAUCCAAAGAAGAGCCUGGGAAGGAAUCAGAGAGUUUGAGGAUGAUUUUGGAAAAGUUCCCACUUUCUUUUGUAUUUCGCGAUGGAAAGAUUCCAAAGAUCUGCCCCCAACAAGGAGAUCCGAGCUGGGUGGUGAACAUCAAACGUGGUGUUUUGAGUCUCCUUCAGUCCAGCCCGGGAACCACCAUUCCAGAAACCAUUGAUGAGGUUGACGUCUUGGGAAAAUGCCCUACCACAUAUGAGAGAAAAGGUUCCCGACUCCUAAAGACAAAGGAUUUAAACCAGUGUUCCCUCCGACGGCACAGAUUUACUUUUUUUCAGUCAGAGGUUCUUCCAGGAAUGCCCUCCUCGCGACCAAUCUUGGCUUCAAAGCUGGAAUGCUACCAGAGUUUCCAGGAAGGUCUGCUAGAGGACACAGCCUGCACAGAGUUUGACGUAGUCAGACCCUUUUCUGAGGAGGGGAAUGGUGUGCAGACAAGGACACAUUCCACCCUGAGUCUGCUGCAUGUGAAGCCCCAAGCCCUGUCCAACAAAGCAGAUUAUGGAAAAUUUUAUGUGAGCAGUCUGCUGUAUGAGUGGGAGGGCCUGGGCCCCCAGUCCCAGGUAGCUGAUGUAGCUGAAUCUGUGAGGAAGUUGUGCCUUGCUCAGGCCACAAGUUUUGAGACUACAGAGCUCUUCAUGGAGCUGGUGUUCGAGUUGAGGGGCUUGUCUGCUGAGGCACUGAUGGAUCUCUGGCAAAGAUCUUCAUUUAAGUGCAGAGACAAUUGGCAACCCCUGGUGGAUGCUCUGCCCUCCUGUGGAACAGAGGCUUGUGUUACCCUCAUGAAGGAGCUCAUCAUGUCUGGGGAUGUGGAAAACGAGGAGGCAGAGUCAUUCCUCUGGUCCUUGGCAUUUGUCCCUCAGCCCACAGCUGGCAUGAUUCAUUUACUGCUGCCUUUGCUGCAGUCCCCAGCAGUGAGUUCAAGUGCCUUUCUCAGCAUCUCUGCCCUGGUGCAUAGCCUUUGCAUGGCAGGUGGGGCCUGUGAGAGACUCCCAGGGGUGAGCUCAUUAAUGAAGAUCCUUAAAGAAGCCUUAGGAGAGAACUGUAGCUCUCAGGUAUCCAAGGACAGUGGCCGGCUCCAGCUCAUGUUAAAGGCCAUUGGCAAUGCAGGCAUGGCAGCAGCCCCUCUCACUCCCAUCCUGAGCUCCUGUGCAGCCAUGAAAGACAAUGCCCCUGAAAUUAGGCUGGCUGCAAUCCAGGCCUUUCGGAGGAUCCCUUGUUCUGUGAAGCGCUCUGGGCUUGCCCAGCUGUACCAAGCCACAGAAGAAGAUGCCGAGAUCCGCAUCACUGCCUACUACUUCUUUAUGAAAUGUCCCAGUGAAGAAGCAUUUGCCUUGGUGCGUGAAACUCAGGCAGCAGAGCAGUCUACCCAAGUGGGAGCCUUCGUCUGGAGCCACCUCUCUCAGCUGCUAGAGACUGAUGACCCUCUCAAACAUUCUCUUCGGGACUCCCUCCCCGAUGAUAUCCUCAGCCAGGAAUUUGAAUCUGAGACCUGGAAACAUUCCUCCUAUUCAGAUGUCACCUUUCGCUCAGGCUCCAGCAGUAUGGGUGCCAAUCUGGAGGCUACUCUGUUAUUCUCCCCAGCCUCCUUCCUCCCCCGCUCCCUCAUGGCCAACCUGACCAUCCAUGUCAUGGGCCGUGCUGUCAACAUUCUGGAGCUUGGGCUCCGGUUAGAAAACGCUGAAAAGCUGGCUUACAGGGUGUUUGGUAGGCAGCCGGUUAUGGCAGCAUUCCGGGACGAUGAUAAGAAAAGUGAGACCAAACCAGAUACUGACAUGGAACUCGCAGAUGGAGUCAAUGAGAAGUCAGGGUUGGCUAGAGCUGGGUGCCCUGGUGGGGGGCACAGUAAGAUGAAGGAGCUCCAGGAGAAGGUGACUCAGAGGUGGGGGAAGAGGAGGGACCUGCAAUGUGGUCUCAGUCUGAAAAUUUUUGGGAAUGAGCUUAGUUUCGUGGACUGUGGGGCAGUGAGAAGCCACAUGAAGAGGUACUCCCUGAACCUGGCUGAACUGACUGUCAGACUCCUCAAGGGUCAGGAGGUGCAGAUUAACAGAAGGCUGAGCUUGGCAACCGAAGAGCUCUCCUUUCCAACUGUGUCGGGCCUCCCUGUGCAAUUAGCCUUGAACGCAUCAGCUGCCAUCCACAUCCGGAUACGGGGGACCGUGGACUUCAAGCAGCUUUCGGAUUUCUCCUUGGAGGGCUAUAUUAAGCCAAGUGCCUUGAUACAGAUCGCAGCUCAGAUGGGUGUGGCAGGCUUCCAUGGGAAAGCAGGGGUGAAGUGGGUGACUGGCAUUCGAAGUUCCACCAGCCUCGAUGGAGGAAUCAUGGCGAAAAGGGGACAGGAGCUCAAGAUGUUUCUGAAUACGCCGGAGGAAUCCAUGGAACUGGUGAAUUUCAGCUCUAAGCUGUAUCUCAUGACUGUGGAUGGUGUGAUGAAUAUUGACCGACUAAACAGCGCUCCAGACUUGAGGUCCUGCACUGGAGAAGAAGCAUCUCAUAUUUGGGGCUGGCAGAUGUGUUCCGAAGUGUCUUACCCAGCUCAGGUCCAGCCUUUCUCUCUUGCUGUGCCAAUAUCUGCAGCAGUGACGUUAAAGAAGCAGGACAAGGGACUACAGCAGUACCUGCUAGAAGCUGCCUGUGCUUAUAUUCCUCAGGUAGGGCAGAACAGAAUUCUACCCCACCCGCUGCUACACCCCUAUCAUAAACUUAUCAGUGCCAUCUCAGUCUGGUUGAGUCUCAGCUACCACAGCAUGACCAGUGCUUUUUGUUCCCACAAACUAACCUGUGGCUCACGUAUGUUUGAACCUGGCCUCCCAGAUGGGCUACUUGGCUGAGUGAAAACUGCUAAAGACAACAGAGUA